AUAAACUGUAAAAUUCUUGUAAAGCGUAAAAUGAGUCAGGUCGUACUGAAAAAAAAAUUAAUAUUAGUGAAAAUGAAUUGAAUUUGAUAUAUCUAUAGUUUGUAGUUAACGAUCCCAGAUCAAGAUGGUCCUUUCAUUGGAGAAGAAACAUGUGUUGAUGAUAGAUAAUUACGAUUCCUUCACUUGGAAUUUGUAUCAAUACUUAUAUCAAUCACCAUUAUGUUCCAAAGUGGAUGUUAUAAGAAAUGAUCAAACCGAUAUUGAAACCAUUGAAAAUAGGAUUAAACCAGAUGUUAUAUUCAUUUCUCCUGGUCCUGGUCAUCCUAAGACUGAUUCCGGUAUUUCCAGAGAAGUGAUUGAUUACUUUAAAGGAAAAUUACCAAUAUUUGGUGUUUGUAUGGGUCUUCAAUGUAUGUUUGAAGUAUUUGGAGGAGAUGUAUUAUAUGCUGGAGAAAUCGUUCAUGGGAAAACUACGACUAUAAAACAUGAUGGGAAGGGUAUGUUUGCCAAUGUUCCUCAAUCUGUUGCUGUCACCAGAUAUCAUUCAUUAGCUGGUAGUCCACAAACUUUACCUGAAUGUUUAGAAGUUACUGCAAGAACUGAAACAUCACCUGAAAUUAUUAUGGGUGUAAGACAUAAAGAAUAUACUAUUGAAGGAGUUCAAUUCCAUCCUGAAUCGAUUUUAACUGAAUCUGGUCAAUUAAUGAUAAACAAUUUAUUAGCCAUUAAUGGUGGUACUUGGGAAGAAAAUGGAAAUACCUUGAAAAGAGUUAAGAGUAAGCAAGAAAAUAUCUUAACUAAAAUCUAUAAACAACGUGAAUUAGAUUAUGAGAUUAUUGAAAAAAUACCUGGUAAAUCAAUUAAAGAUUUAGAAACUUCUUAUGCAUUAGGUUUAGCCCCUCCAUUAAUCAAUUUCUAUGAUAGAUUAAAGUAUACUCAAUCAGAUUUAAAACAAUCUAUCAUUUUAUCAGAAUUUAAAAGAGCAUCACCAUCCAAAGGAAAUAUCAAUAUUGCUGCCCAUCCAGCUAAUCAAGCUUUGACAUACGCGACUAAUGGAUGUUCUACUAUUUCAGUAUUAACCGAACCAAAAUGGUUCAAAGGUUCUUUGGAUGAUUUAUCAUUAAUCAGAAAAGUCAUUGACUUACCUACUACCAGUGGAUAUAAAAGACCAGCUGUAUUAAGAAAAGAAUUCAUCUUCAACAAAUAUCAAAUCUUGGAAGCCAGAUUAGCUGGUGCUGAUACUGUGCUAUUAAUUGUCAAGAUGUUAGACAAUUUCACUUUAUUACAAGAAUUAUAUGAAUAUUCUUUAUCUUUAGGAAUGGUUCCUUUAGUGGAAGUGAAUGAUAAACCAGAAUUAGACCAGGCAUUAAAAUUGACAUACAACGGGUCUAAUGAAGAACCAUUAAUCAUUGGUGUCAAUAAUAGAAAUCUUACUACAUUCAACGUAGACCUUAAUACCACAACUUCUUUAGUUAAAGAUGCAAAAUCUUCAGCUAGAAAAGGUGAUGUAUUGGUAUUGGCAUUAUCAGGUAUAACUUCUGUAGACGAUGUCAAACAUUACAAAUAUAAUGAUAACGUAGAUGGAUUCUUGAUUGGUGAAAGCUUAAUGAGAGCUGAAGAAAAGGGUCAAGCUGGUGAAUUCUUACAUGAAUUGUGUAACUGUUAAAACUUAGACUUUAUAUAAAUUUAAUAAAUUACUGUAUAUAACAAUUAUCAUCAUCAUUUUUUUUGGUGGUGCAAACAAACGCGUACUUUGAAAUCAAAAACUGAAAGUUGAAAUUUAUAUCUCUAACUUCAACUUCAACUACAACAGAUCAAAACAUAUACAAGAUGGAAGCUAGUCAAAUAAGGAUAGAUGCAACAUUGUUAGAAACACACAAGGGUCAACUUGUGCGUUUGAUAGGGAAAGUUCAAAGUUACGAUACAUCUAGAGCUGCUGGUGUUGUC